AAUCUAAACUUCCUGUCCCGUUCUCUUCAUCACAGCUCCGAUAGUUCAACCAUUUUUCCGUCACCUGCAAAACCCUAACUUUUUGCUGCUAUCCGCCAUCAUGACCGUCCUUUCUUCCAAGAAUCGAGAUGAUGAUGCGAAAUAUGAGAUGCCUUCCUAUUUUCACUUGCCAUCACUGGAUAUCUCUGUAGCAUUUCCUCAAGCAACUCCAGCCUCUACAUUUCCUCCGUGUGCUUCAGAUUAUUACCAAUUUAAUGACUUACUGACUCCGGAGGAGCAGGCUGUUAGGAUGAAAGUAAAAGAGUGCAUGGAAAAAGAAGUUGCUCCUAUAAUGGCCGAGUAUUGGGAGAAGGCGAAGUUUCCUUUCCAUGUUAUUCCAAAACUUGGGGCACUGCGCAUUGCUGGUGGCACUAUCAAGGGUUAUGGGUGCCCUGGUCUUUCCAUUACUGGAAGUGCUGUAGCCACGGCAGAAGUUGCUAGAGUUGAUGCAAGCUGUUCAACUUUCAUUUUGGUUCAUUCUUCCUUGGCAAUGCUCACCAUUGCAUUGUGUGGAUCAGAAGAUCAGAAGCAAAAGUAUCUACCUUCUCUGGCGCAGCUACGCACUGUAGCAUGUUGGGCUUUAACUGAGCCUGAUUAUGGAAGUGAUGCCAGCGCUUUGAAGACAACAGCAACAAGGGUUGACAGAGGUUGGAUCCUUGAGGGCCAGAAACGCUGGAUAGGAAACAGUACAUUUGCUGAUUUGUUAGUUAUAUUUGCUAGGAAUACCACUACAAAUCAGAUAAAUGGAUAUAUUGUGAAAAAGGAUGCACCUGGUUUGACAGUCACCAAAAUAGAGAACAAAAUUGGACUCAGGAUUGUUCAAAAUGGAGACAUUCUUUUGAAGAAAGUUUUUGUCCCUGAUGAGGAUAGACUACCUGGAGUGAACUCUUUUCAGGAUACAAAUAAGGUACUUGCUGUUUCGCGCGUGAUGGUUGCUUGGCAACCUAUUGGCAUUUCUAUGGGCAUAUAUGACAUGUGUCAUAGGUACCUAAAGGAGAGGAAACAGUUUGGAGCACCAUUAGCAGCUUUCCAAAUCAAUCAACAGAAACUCGUUCAAAUGCUUGGUAACAUUCAAGCAAUGAUUCUUGUUGGUUGGCGCCUUUGCAAGUUGUAUGAGAAUGGAAAAAUGACUCCAGGUCAUGCCAGCUUGGGGAAGUCUUGGAUCACCUUGAGGGCAAGAGAAACAGCUGCCCUGGGACGCGAAUUACUUGGUGGCAAUGGAAUUCUGGCUGAUUUUCUAGUGGCAAAGGCAUUCUGUGAUUUAGAGCCCAUUUAUACGUACGAAGGCACAUAUGACAUCAACACACUGGUUACUGGGAGGGAAGUUACUGGUUUAGCCAGCUUCAAGCCUGUUGCACAAAGAAGUCGACUGUAAAGAUAUAAAUCAAAAAGUAUACCCACGGACUCAUUUUAUCUACUCAAUUCUCUGCUGUGGUGGGAUGCUAAUUCAGGAACAAUCCUCCAUCGGAUUUAAUAAAUUAUACGAGUGUUUGUUUAGAUGAUGACUCAAUGAAAUGAAAAAUAAUAUGGUCCUCCCUUGUUUAGCAUAUUUCAUGUCUGUGUUUGCUAUGUUUUGUACAGAGUUGAGUAUUGAUUAGUGGACGGUCUGUCAGAUGUGGUUAUAAAUGGCUGUUAUGACAUUUGUUCUCUUGUUCAAUGUUGGAAAAGAGGAUUUCCAUUUGUGAAAUGAUCACAAUAGUCUCACAACACUUUCCAGGCCA